CCUGGCGCGCCCCGGAGUCACCGCCAUGGCAGCUCUGUUUCUGCUGCGGCAAGGACGAGCCGGGGCGCUGAAGACUAUGCUCCUAGAAGCACAGGUGUUUCGAGGACUUGCUUCUACAGUUUCUCUCUCUGCAGAAUCAGGAAAGAGUGAAAAGGGACAGCCACCGAAUCCCAAGAAGCAGAGUCCACCAAAAAAGCCCACACAAGCUGCCGCGCCUGCCGAGCCAUUUGACACCACCACCUACAAGAAUCUCCAGCAUCAUGACUACACCACAUACACCUUCUUAGACCUCAACCUGGAACUCUCGAAGUUCAGGAUGCCUCAGCCCUCUUCAGGACGAGAGUCACCUCAACACUGAGAGCUCAGUUGAAAGAUGAACCCUCCGUUGUCUUUGCUGCAUUCUUGCCUGCAAAAAUAAAGUCUCUCAACAGUCAAA